CAUUCUUUCGCAUCUGAGAAGCAUGGGACAAUGGAAUCUGAUGCUACUUUUAUAUCAGAUAAACCCUCUUGUACACUGGCUAUCAAAUAUCAUGAGCGUAGUUUAAAUCAACAAAUAGACAGUAAACUGCUGAUUGAUCUGGAUUCUGAUGAAAAAGACAACCCUGAGUUUCAGGCGGUGACUGAAAUUUAAAGAACAAAAAGGAUGCCUCCCUUCCUCGGCAAUUCAUCCUCUCAUAAGCACGUGAGAUUGGAGUCUGUUGCUCCUUUCAAAUCAGAUAAACCCUUUUGUACAAUGGAUCUGAAAUCGUGGAAUGUAAAUCAACCUCAUGUGCUAGAGGAUAAUCAGACUGAGGAAGGGGAUGACGAAGCAGAUGGCCUAGCAAUGAAUGACGCCAAUGAAGAGGAAAAUGGUGACAGAGAGGAUGGCAUGGCGAUAGAUGAGGUUGAUGAAGAAGAAGAUAAAGAGGAUGGAUCCACUAAUCAUGAGGUGGUAGAGAGCAAGGCUAACGAUGAGGCUGACAAUGGGGGAAACGCUGAUCCUAAGGAAGAAAAGGUCUCUACUCAUCAUAGAACUGAACGAUGUGAUAGCAGAUUACUUUAUUUUUGUGAGUAUGAUUCAUGUUGUGUGGGAGUAAGGCAGAGAUUUUGGAAUUUAAAAAGCCUCAAUGCACAUAGGGCAUCGAAGCACAACCUUCCCUUCAUUCCACCAGGAAGGCGUGGCCGAAAGCCCAUAGUACAACGAAAACAUCAAUAGGUAAUUUGCAAUUGUACUCUUAAAUAA